AUGUUAAUAACAAAUAGUGGAACUAUAUUGGCUAUGGGAUCUAAUAAAUAUAAUAAAUUGAAUUUAAAUAAAAGAGCUGGAUUUUUUAAAGAAAUGAAAAAGGAACAAAAUACAGUUCAAGGAAAGAAACAACUAGUGGAUGAUGCUCUUUUGCCAACAGCUGUAAGGCCAUUCCCUAGAAGAGUUGUUAGUGCAUCUUUAGGCAAUAAUCACAGUGGUGUUUUGCUCGAAAAUGGGCAUGUUCAUCUUUUUGGAUUAAAUUCUUAUGGAGAAUUAGGUACCGGAAGUACAUUACCAUUUAGUGAUAGCACUAGACCUGUUAAAGCUUUGAUUAAUAAAGCUUGUUUGCAUUUAAUUUGUGGUGAUGGUUUUACAAUUGUUGGAACAUUAGAUAAUGAAAUAUAUUUUUGGGGUUUAAGAGGUGGUGGAAGUGGGAAGGGAGAAAAUGAGAUAAUAACAAAUGACAAAAAAAUAACAGAAGAUGAAUUAAGCAAGCCAAAAUUUAGGGCAUAUAAAAUGGCUAAAACACAAGAAGGAUGGCAACUUUCGGCAACUGAAACCGUUAAUAUAACUAUUUUACAUCCAAUACUUGUACUUAGGUUUUUAUUUAGUUUAGAAAUAUUUUUUUCAUUUUUGGUUUAA